ACCAUGAGCGUACCUCAAAAUUUACUGCUUUCCCUCCUUCCUUAGCAUUCACGGAGCGACUUCUCAAUCCUUAUUUCUGAGUUUUUCACGUCCUUCGGAAAUGGUCGCACUCAAAGCCAAAACUUUAUUGAAUCCUUAACGGCCUCUUCAAAAUUCACGCCCAAUUCAACUCUCCUCUUCCUCUUCCAUCUCUUUACCUUCACUCAUGCCUACCCCUUCUUCUGAUUCUCCCAAAUCCGACCCACAGACAGCGACCCCGAUUACUGGGCUCACUUCUUCUUCCCCGACUCCGAGUCCCCGUGGCGCGCCUGAAUUCGAUUUCGAUUUCGAUAGAUUACUGGCCACAGAAUCGCCCUCUUUAUUCAAUGAUACUUGGUUCUCAGUGGGUAGAGAAAUUGCUGCAACGUCUGAUGCUCCUACUAUGGGUGGAUUGGACGAUCAAGGAAUGGGUUUAAAUUCGGGUGCCACUGGGUCUAAAGUUUUGGAAACUGAUGAAAAGGUUGAGAAAGGGGUCAUUUUGAAGGGACCCAACUCGGGAAUAUGUGAGAAUGUGUCAUUUACGGGUCAAGACCGAUCAAGAACAGAUUCGCCGUGGUCUGGGUCGAAGGAAAAAGCAGUCUUGUCUGAUUGUCCGGAACGUAAGGGAGGUGACGGGCCCAAACGCUUCCUGAAUUUGCAAUCAGACAAGAAUUUACUCAAGAGAGCAUUGGAUUCUUUGAAUCAUGAAGACGAGACUGGGAAGGGUUGGCCUGGCGAAGAGGGUAGUAGUGCUAAACGCAUUAGAAAAGAAUGUAGAGGAAAUGAAGAAUGCGAGAAGGAUGAAUCACUAUCCAUUGAAAUAUUGAAUUUGUUCUUCGAAUAUGAAAAACAAGAUACUACUAGUUAUACAGUAAAAAAAGAAUUUAUUAACUCGGUUGAUGUGUUACAGUUGGAUUCUGACGAGGCUGAUGAAAGUGGCGUGAAAGAGGUGGGUGCUAGUGGUAACAACGAAAAGGACAUUGUUACUGCAAAUAUGAAUGAAGGACCCAAUUGGGUUGAUAAUGAUGAUGGUGGUCAGAGGAGAUUCAGCAGAGAAGAGAAAGGGAAGGGAGCACUGGACAAUGGCGAUUUAUUCCCCUUCAAGUUUGAAUUUGAUUUAGGAUUGGAACCCGAAUUGUUCAAUUUCAUUGAUAACGAAAAUUCAGAUGCCUCCCAUUCAGCUUAUAAUCAUGUAGUCUUACGAGAUCAAGAAAAAUGGAGAAAUGCUAACAAAGCAAGAAGAGCUUUAAGGUCAGAACUCAUGGAAGAUUUCCGGCAUAUAGCAAAGACACAUGCUUCUCGCUUUGCUCAUUAUACACCAGCUCAAGAAGAUAGUCGUGCUUCUCCCGGGGCAAUUCAAAUUGAAGAAUGGUCUGGUCCUUUCUCCACAGCCAUGAAAACAAUUAGAAACCGAGAAACGAAAAGUGGGCAAAUGGGCUGCAAGUCUUCAGAAAGUUUACCUGCAUCCAUUAAUUGGGUUCCCAGGAGUAAUCAAGAGCAAGUAUGUGCAAGAGUCUCGGCCCCCUCGCUGCUAGAGCUAUCCCUUGAUUUACUUGCCAAGAAUGCUGAUGCAAUUGUUUCCCUUGAAAACGUCCCUGAUGCUCUGAAGCACAAACUUUGUCACUUGCUCUGCGAUUCUCGAAAAAUGAACUUUCAGCUUCUUGAACUUCUUCUUACUGGAACCCCCACAGAGAUUAGGCUAACAGAUUGCUCUUGGAUGACUGAGGAACAGUUUGUAACAGCUUUUCAAUCUUGUGACACUACUAAUAUGGUGGUAUUGCAACUUGAUCAGUGUGGGCGCUGUAUGUCAGAUCAUGUGAUACUUGAUACUUUAGCUCGAUCGCCGAGGCAGUUACCUAGAUUAACUAGCCUAUCCCUCAGUGGUGCAUGCCGUGUUUCAGACAGGGGGUUGCGUGGUCUAGUUUUGUCUGUUCCAGAACUUAGAUCAAUAAAUCUUAGCCAAUGCUCCCUUCUCACAUCUGCCAGUAUACAUGCUUUGGCUGAGUCAUUUUCAUUAGGAUCACUUCUGAAAGAGCUGUAUCUUGAUGAUUGUCAAAGCAUUGAUGCUGCACUGAUUGGGCCAGAACUGCAGAGCCUUGAUCAUUUAGAAGUCUUGUCAGUGGCAGGCAUCCAGACUGUUUCUGAUGAAUUUGUCAAUGAUUUCGUUGUUGCGCGCGGUCAUAAUUUAAAGGAACUUGUUUUGCGGGAUUGCGAAAAAUUGACUGACUCAUCAGUUAAAAUUAUUGCUGAAUUCUGUCCUGGAUUAUGCUCACUUGAUCUUAUGAACUUGUGCAAAUUGACGGAUUCAUCCAUUGGAUAUCUUGCAAAUGGGUGCCCGGCACUUCAUACACUGAAACUCUGCCGCAAUCCAUUCAGUGAUGAAGCAAUAGCCGCUUUUCUGGAGACAAGUGGAGUGCACUUGGAAGAACUUUCACUCAAUAAUGUGAAGAAGGUUGGCCAUCACACAGCCUUGUCACUUGCAAGCCGUGCAAAAAAAUUGCAUACUCUGGAUCUGUCAUGGUGCCGAAAUUUCACAGAUGAUUAUUUGGGCUUCAUUGUCGAUAGCUGCUUGUCUCUGAGGUUGCUUAAACUUUUUGGAUGCACCCAGAUUAUUUUGCAGAUAACAGAAGUUUUUCUGUGUGGCCACUCUAAUCGGGAGGUUAAGAUCAUUGGUUGCAGGCUGUCACCUUUAUUACGACAUGUCAAAGUGCCACAUCCUGAACGGCAGGGUGCUUUGCGUUAUUCUCCAGCCACUUAGGAUCGCAGACAAAAUUUGAUCAGAUAUAGGAUUUGGCAUCAUUAGAUUAUGUUAUUUUCCAGAACUAGAAACUUGAACUAGCACAGUCAAAAACUCUUCAUUAACGUGGCCCUAACUGAAUGGUUCUGUGUAGGUGGUCCUUUUUGGUCCUUCCCCUUUGUAAAUGCUUCUACAUCAAGUGAUUCACUGUAUUAUUCUCA